UGCUGGGAUCGCUAACCCUCCCGCCUGGUCUUCCAGCUUCCCGGCGUGCCCCGCGCCCAGCUGAAUGGGGGCAGUCACAAGAUGGCGGCGAACGCAAACUCUGCCGGUGGCGGCGGCGGUAGCCUCCCACUCUUUGACUGCCCGACCUGGGCAGGAAAGCCUCCACCAGGGUUGCACUUGGAUGUAGUCAAAGGAGAUAAACUUAUUGAGAAACUGAUCAUCGAUGAGAAGAAAUACUAUCUCUUUGGGAGAAACCCCGACCUGUGCGACUUCACCAUAGAUCACCAGUCAUGCUCUCGGGUCCAUGCUGCUUUGGUCUACCAUAAACAUCUAAAGAGAGUUUUUCUUAUAGACCUGAACAGCAUAUUUGUUGCUUUUCUUCUCCUCCUUAUUCUAAAAUGCAUAGCACAUGGCACGUUUUUGGGCCAUAUUCGUUUGGAGCCUCAUAAGCCGCAACAGAUUCCCAUUGACUCCACGGUUUCCUUUGGCGCCUCCACACGGGCCUACACCUUGAGAGAAAAGCCUCAGACAUUGCCCUCGGCAGUGAAAGGAGAUGAGAAGAUGACCAGUGAAGACGAUGAACUCAAGGGCUUGCUUGGUCUGCCAGAGGAAGAAACAGAGUUAGAUAACCUGACAGAGUUCAAUACGGCCCAUAACAAGAGGAUUUCCACAUUGACAAUAGAAGAAGGGAAUUUGGAUAUCCAGAGACCAAAAAGAAAACGAAAGAACUCAAGAGUAACAUUCAGCGAUGACGAUGAAAUCAUUAAUCCAGAGGACGUCGACCCUUCCGUUGGCCGUUUCAGAAACAUGGUACAGACUGCAGUAGUUCCAGUGAAGAAGCGGAUGGACAAUUCUGGCUCCCUGACUGUGGAUGAGGCUGCAACACGUCGCAUGCAGAACUUUCCCUACAGUGGAGGACUGUAUGGAGGCCUGCCUCCCACCCACAAUGAGGCAGGCGCCCAGACCCACACCAUUCACGGCACAGCGCUCAUUGGGGGGUUACCAAUGCCCUAUCCUAAUCUUGCCCCAGAUGUGGACUUGACUCCGGUUGCCCCCUCCACUGUUGCCAUGAACCCAGCUCCCAAUCCUGCUGUCUUUAAUCCCGAAGUUGUGAAUGAGCCCAAGAAAAAGAAAUACGCAAAAGAAGCUUGGCCGGGCAAGAAGCCGACCCCUUCUCUCUUGAUCUGAAGAGCCAAUCUGAGUCUGUUCCGGGAGGCAGGAGCCAGAAGCCAGGCGGGGAAGGGGGAACUGUACAAGUGCAGCCACAACUCUCAGACUUGGGGUCAUAGCCAGAUUUGGGGGGGUGGGGAGGGUUUUUGACUCCCUUACACAACCAACCUUCAGAAGAGUUCAAUAGGCGUCUAAGAAAUGAAAUGCAAAAAUAUAUCUCUCACUGCCUGUGGAACCACAUCGCCUGGCAGGUUCUUUUUCAUUUACCCAGACAUUACAGUGGCCCAGUUACUUUGAUUCUGGCAUUAUUCGUGCAUUUAAGGGACACUUUCCUUGUGUAUAUGUUGCAGCUGUAGAAAUGGCAGGUGGUUUGCUGCUGAUAGUGUCCCGGUUCUUUUUCUUUUUCUUUUUUCUUUUUUUUUGGGGGGGGGUGUCAGCUGGUCUCAAAGGAAACCCCAGGCCCCAGCAGAAUUUCUUGACCCUUCCAUAGUGUUUUGACAAGCACAUCAGCAAUCGUUUUAAUUUAAGUCAAAUACCAUGUGUUGCUUUUGUAUCUCAGGAUUAUGAAGUGCUUUUAGUCUAGGUAGAAUCCUCUGCACUUAUGAGGUAAACUACCAUCAAUUGCUUUUAUGACUGCAAACCAAAUGAAAUGGUCAUGGAAUUAAUUGCUUUUUGACAUUCUUGAUUGGAACCACUGAGAAGAUUAUGACCAUUUGAGAUUUAGUAAAGCUGCAUUUAGUAAAAAAAAAAUUUAUGACCAGUCCUUAACAGAACAAGAAUUACCCAAUAGCCACAUUUACCUAUGUUGAUGGACCAGGGAGUAAAACAUUCAGCAAUAAUCUUGUAUGAUUUUAGGGUAGCAUAUUAAGAUUAAUGCUAUUUCUUCAAGCAGUUCCUUAAUGGGGUAACUCUGAAGUUGAGCCCAAGAAUGGUCAGCCAGUUCUCACAUCAAACUGCACAUUUUUAAAUCAUUGCUUAAACUCGGCUCCAUCAUUCUGCAGUUUGUUAAAAAUAUUCAUUUCUGUUCCAAAUAUUUGGAGCAAAACUUUACUAUUGAUUUCAAUGUAUGGACAGUGUAUCCCCAAAUAGCUAUGAAAUUGGAGGUAUAUUGUCCCAUAUGAUGUUCUAGACUCUCAAGACUGCAAGCUAGUGAUCAUCACUGUUCUUGAUUCUGGAUAUUUAGGGGCACUUCACAUUCCUUUGUAGCACAACAGUGGGCAGGUAUCAUAUCAUAUGUUCAAGCACUUGGUCCAGUAGAUUUCAUCCAUGACUUACUUUCUCCAAUUAAAAUUGGUGAUGUUUAUUAAACUUGAAUGAGCCAAGAUAGAAGAUGAUUGUCAUUUGGAAACUUUGCAGUUAUCCAAAACUACACCUCCCCACAAAAGUAUUAUAUCAAAUAACUUACCAGUAACCUUUGGGGCCAAAUAGUUCCUUGUAUUAGUUGCCUCUGACCAACCUCAACUGCUCCCCCUGUGGUAUAUUGGAUUAUAUCAUAUUGGAGUCUAUAGUAGAUGGAUACUUCUAAACUAUCUGGUUUUUGGUUUCAUUUUAUAUGGUAGGCCUCUUUAAAAAAUGCAAUUUAAAAAAAUUAUGUUAGGUAACAUAAUUCUCGGAAGAAAUUGCUAAUGACUAAUGAACUGUGUCCUGUACUCCAAAUCCUCUCUCAUUUCAUUUGCAGUUUUAUCUCUCUGGAUUAUUAAUUUUCCCAAGGCUGUGGAAUGAUUCUUUAAUUUGUGUUCAAGAUGUGAUGAAUUUAAAACACUUGAACUUUUCCUUGCUUGAUCUGAAAGUAAGAUUUAAGAAAAAAGUAGUUGGUUCUUGCAAAAUACAUCUCCUGGGAAUUUACUAUGUGGUAGCGUUGGCCCUGACCUCCCUGGGAUAGUCUGAACUUGUCUUUUCAGUUCUUUGAAGCCAAGCUUGGCUGAAAUUGGGGCAGGGAGGGGACGGAAUUAAGUGUGUGGGGCUCUGUACAGCCAUUUGUACAUUUGUGUAAUAGGCCUUUUCACACUGUUGAGCUUUUUAUCUGUAACCUUUAUUACACUGUAAAUUAAAUGAUUGUUUUGCCAAAUGGAGAGUUUAAUGUGUAUUCCCAGAUUUCACGGUAAAAAUUACCCUACCUAAUUUCCACUCCAUCCUAUUUAAUUUUUUUUUAACCUUGCUCUCUUUUUUAACGAGAAUGUUCAAAGUGGUAUACAAUGUUUUUAAAAUCAUAAAAUGAAUACGAAAGUUUCGUGGGACGACAGUAUGUUGUGCUAAUGCUUCUACGAAGCUUUCAAGUGGAAUGUAAUGGCGCUAUUCCCAUGCUUUUCGUCACUGAUAUUGAAUGCAUACAGGUAGUCCUUGUUUAACAACUGUUCAGUUACUACGUGAUGAAUAAGUAACUUUACAACCAAUUCUUGCAUUUACAGAUGUGUAGAACAAAGAAAAGCUGAAGUAGGACCAUAGGCAGUCAUGGUUUCACUUAGUGCUUGCUUCACCUAGUGAUUGAGUUACCAGUUGCAAUUGUGGUCACUAAAUGAGAACUACCUUUAUUAAUUCUGAGGACUACCUUUAUUAAUUCUGCUUAAAGCCAUUAGGCAAGAAUGCUCCAACACAGGAAAUUUCUAAGAAAAUGUUGGAUAACCAUCUGUCUGAGAUGGUGUAGGGUUUACUGCCUGGGCAGGGGGUUGGAUUAAAGGCCUCCAAGGUCCCUUCCAACUCUGUUGUUAUUAUUAUUAUUAAGACUGAGGUAACUCCGUGGCUGCCUUUAAAUUACAUUGACGGCACUCACUAUUCUGGAGGGUAGUGAAUUCAUUUAAUCUAUGUUGUGUAAAAAUGGUAUCUUCCCUCCACGUUUAGCCUCAGGAUUAUAAAAGUACAGUAGCCACCUUUUUAGUAACAUGAUGAAUUUAUACUUCUCUCUCCUGUCCACUUACGUUUUUUCUCAACUAGAGUACUAAUUCUGUUGUUCCUUGGGGGGAAAAAGCAGUUACAUUCC